AUGGUACCUGACUUUUUUCUGACACCUACCCAUCUCCCAAUUGUCUCCUACAUCCUCCCGUCUCCCGUCUCCCGUCUCCCGUCUCCCGUCUCCCGUCUCCCGUCUCCCGUCUCCCGUCUCCCGUCUCCCGUCUCCCGUCUCCCGUCUCCCGUCUCCCGUCUCCCGUCUCCCGUCUCCCGUCUCCCGUCUCCCGUCUCCCGUCUCCCGUCUCCCGUCUCCCGUCUCCCGUCUCCCGUCUCCCGUCUCCCGUCUCCCGUCUACUCCCCAUUCUCCCUGUUUGCUCAUUCUCCCAUUCUCCCAGCAAUUUUCCAAUUUUCUUAUAUCUCCCAAUUCUUCCCUUCCCCAGGUUUUCCACGUCAAAACCUCCUAAUUAAAGGAAUCAAACCAGCUUCAAGGUCUCUUACUCCGCACGUCAUGGAACCUCCUACUCCCAUUUCAUUUAGAUUCAACGACCUUCCAACUGAGCUCGCCCUCGUCAUCUUCAAGCAUGCGGCACAACCACCUUUUGCUCAAUAUGUGCCUUACACCCGAGACCCAUACUCAUCUGCCCUUUCACUAUGCCAGGUCUCCAAAAAUGUCAGGCACGCUGUGCUGCCUGAACUUCUGCACACGGUAUUAUUGUCGACACCUCGCCACCUACUCGCUUUCGUACGGGCUCUGCGUAUGCAGAAAACACAUAUCGAUCAACAACAUGAUCUAGCUUUUGAUUACGCACCUUGCGUGCACAGGAUGUCAAUUGGAGAGUUUCGGGGGGCCGUGCACAUCCCAGCUGGUCCCUAUACACCCCCUCCUAUGCCAGAGCUUGAAUGCGAGUUCGAUAUCGGACUGCUAGCUCCAGUGAUUCUCGGCUCAUCGUCCCUCACAAUCGACUUUAGAAGUCUAGGUCUUCUUACAAGGUGCCUCAAAUAUCUGUGUAACUCCGAUGUCGACCACAAAAAAUCUCUGUUUCCUUUGAGCAUGAGAAGUUUGACGUUAUUGGGCAAAUCCACUUAUAUAUGGCAGCCCUUCGUGAGGUCUGAUUAUGGAUAUGAUUUCCUCGCUUCCAUCCAACACCUCACCGUACUCUUUUUCCCAUCCUUCCAACAAUGUCUGCCCUUCCAGUGCAACUGUGUUGGCGAAAUCAAAAUGGAUGAUUCUUUAUUCUGCAUGCAGCCUUUGUGCACCGUGCGUGGUCCUUUCGAAGGACUGAAAACAUUCUCGUUGGCCAUUCCGCACAUCAAUCUCCCGCUGGUCGCUCAAUGUGCGCCUGAGGAUAUAUGGGUGAAGUUGCUCACGUUCCCUGCUUCCGUGCUACCGGAGCCUUGUACACCAGAGGAAAUAAGGCGACUGGAGCUAAAUCCGCGCCAUAUGUUACAUUUCUGCCACGAUUGUUCCUUUAUCGCUUCUUGAUGACAUUUUGAGGCCUC